AUGGCUCCCUUGCACCUCCUUCUACCCUUGCUUUCGCUGGGAACAGCGUCUCUUGCUCGGGAAGAUGCUUUCAAGUCUCAAUGCACCAGCUUCGCGGAUAAAAUCGACCUACCCAAUGUGAAGGUGAACUUCGUCAGCUAUGUCCCGGGGAACACGAACCUCUCCCUCGCAGGCAAUCCAGCUACAUGUGGCGAAGGUUCGCAGACUGUGCCUGCAGACAUUUGCCGGAUUGCGCUGGCCGUGGCCACUUCGAACAGCAGCGAGAUCACUAUGGAAGCCUGGUUUCCGCGGGACUACACAGGCCGUUUCUUGAGCACCGGAAAUGGAGGACUUGGUGGCUGCAUCCAGUACUAUGACGUUGCGUACGCAUCCGGUUUAGGAUUUGCAACGGUUGGCGCCAACAACGGUCACAACGGAACAUCCGGCGAGCCGUUUUACCAGCACCCCGAGGUCGUCGAGGACUUCGCCUAUCGCUCCCUCCAUACCGGCGUCGUGAUCGGCAAAAAGCUCACCAAGCAGUUCUACGACCAAGGAUUCGACAAAUCAUACUACCUGGGCUGUUCCACCGGUGGCCGUCAGGGCUUCAAGUCCAUCCAGAAAUACCCCAAUGACUUUGACGGCGUGGUCGCCGGCGCUCCCGCCUUCAACUUUAUCAACCUGCUGUCGUGGAGCGCUCACUUCUACCCGAUCACCGGCUCCCCUUCAUCCGAUAGCUACCUAUCCCCUGCCGAGUGGAAGGUAGUGCACAACGAGAUCCUCCGACAGUGCGACGGCAUGGACGGAGCUCGCGACGGCGUCAUCGAGGACCCAGACCUCUGCCAUCCGACCAUGGAAACGAUCAUCUGCAAGUCCGGCUCCUCCUCGAACAAAUGCAUCACCGGUGCCCAAGCCAAAACGGUCCGCGAGGUUCUCUCCCCCCUCUAUGGUGUCAACGGUACCCUCCUGUACCCGCGCAUGCAGCCGGGCUCAGAGAUCCUCGCAUCCCGGAUGAUGUACAACGGCGAGCCCUUUGCUUACAGCAAGGACUGGUACCGGUACGUCGUCUACAACGAUACGAACUGGGACGCCACGACCUUCUCCGUCUCGGACACGGCCAACGCGCUGGCCCAGAACCCCUUCAACAUUCAAACUUGGGACGCCGACCUCUCGCCGUUCCGCGCCGCGGGCGGAAAGGUGCUGACCUACCACGGUCUACAGGACCAGCUGAUCAGCUCGGAUAACUCGAAGCUGUACUAUGCGCGCGUGGCAGAGACCAUGAAUCUGGCGCCCGAGGACCUGGACGAGUUCUAUCGCUUCUUCCCCAUCAGUGGCAUGGCACAUUGCGCGCAGGGCGACGGCGCGUUUGGUAUCGGAAACGGGUACCGCACGGAUAACGGCAAGGAGCCCGAGAAUAACGUCCUGAUGGCGAUGGUGCAGUGGGUUGAGAAGGGCAUUGCGCCGGAGCAUGUCCGUGGCGCCAAGUUUGUCAAUAGUCCCGGAGGCGCGGUCGAGUAUACUCGGAAACAUUGCAGAUACCCUCGGAGAAACGUGUACAAGGGGCCAGGGAACUACACAGAGGAGAGUGCGUGGCACUGCGUGUAG